GAAAUUGCAGUUCAGUCUUGUCGUGGAUGCAGCGCGGAUCGAUAUCGGAGCCAAGAGCAGCGGAAGGUGCUGCGUAGCAAAUUUCGACACACAAAAUUUUUCUACCCCCCAAAUCGAACCGAAAAAUCUCCAAAAAUAAAUUCAACCACAAAAACGAAUACGCGUCGUGCUGAAAGGCAGUGGAAACGGUUACGUAAAGUCAGAGCAACAGAGAAAACGUGAAUAUUCUACGAAAUAAUUGUGUAAUUGAAAAAUCCCAGUGUGUGUAAAAUCGUAGCCAAUCAAUAGAUCAAUCGAUACGCAUAAAUAACUGAUUAGUUUGCUGUGGAAACCAGCAAUGUGAAGCGCCCUUUUGGGGCCAUUCGCAGCGAGGUGCUUAGAAAAUUUUUCGCCUAUAUUCGCGACAUGCAGUGAAAAUUUUUUCCGAUUUUUAGUAUGUACAUGUACGUUGGAGCGUUCGUGGGCGCCACAACUUCGGGUGGCAGGGGUAUCCGGCAAGCUUUCGGCCAGGCCAUAACCCCCAGUUUUGGUAGUACAGCCGCCUCGGUCGGAGCAUCGGUUGUCUGACCCGUAUCGAUGCGAAAUAUGUGCCCGUUUCUAAUUAGUCUGCCAAACAUUACGCAAAUCAAGUGUACGAAAUGCCAAAAACUCAAGGUGCUCAGCAUUAAGGACCAAGAAACCAGGCGAAAAAGCCAGGAGUAAUCAGUGCAGUGCCGUUAACAGCCGACCGAGUACCGUUAACAGCCACAGCCAACUUCGCCUGGCCGAGCUUUCGCUCUCCGUUGCGCUCUCACGCUCUUCCGCUGCCUCUGAGCAAGUGCGGAUAAAACGGAUAGUCGAGUAACACCCACACAAGGACACGCGAAAAGCUCGCGCUCAAGGACUGGAAUACGCGAGACAAGGACAGAGAGAGGGAGGAGAGGACACUUUACGUUUACGCGCGCAACGUGCGUAGGUGCCUCUGUGUGGGUGAGCCCGAGUGACAGUGAGCCCGUGUGCGUGUGAAUGAAGGCGCCACAUAGUGCAACAUAUCAGGAUAACAACUAUGCUCCUGCGGCCAUGACAGCCAGGACUCGGCCGAACAUGGACAGGGAUCAGCAGCGGGAGCUGAGGCUCCUGCCCAGCAGCAGCUCCACCGCCACCAGCUCCUCCACCAACUCCGCAUCCUGCUCCGCCUUCGCCUCCCCGGACUUGCGUUUCAACAAGGCGCGUCGCCGGCGGAGAGGCGAGCAAGUGCCUCCGGUGGUCGUGGAGUACCGGCGCUCCUACCGCGUGCUCAUCGUCAGCGCCCUGCUGGUCAGCCUGGCGGCCAGCUUCGUUACCCUCAGCGCUGGCUUCCAGCUGGACGGGUCGCAGAACUCCUUCUACACGUUCCGCAAGUGGUACACCGGGCUGAACGGGACCCUCGAGCUGGAGUUCAAGACGGAGCAGCCGAACGGACUGGUGCUCUACACCGACGACGGCGGCACCUACGACUUCUUCGAGCUGAAGCUCGUGGAGGGCGCCCUGCGGCUGCGAUACAACCUGGGCGGCGGGGCCCAGAUCAUCACCGUGGGCCGCGAGCUGCACGACGGCCACUGGCACAAGGUGCAGGUCCUGCGGAACGACGAGCAGACCUCGCUGACCGUGGACGGCGUCUCGCAGCAGCGGUCCACCAAGGGCAAGGAGUUCCAGUUCGGCAAGUUCGCCAGCAACUCGGACGUCUACGUGGGCGGCAUGCCCAACUGGUACAGCAGCAAGCUGGCGCUGCUCGCCCUGCCCAGCGUCAUCUUCGAGCCGCGGUUCCGGGGCGCCAUCCGGAACCUGGUCUACGCGGAUCAGCCGGGCGGCUCCACCCGGCGCCAGGAGAUCAAGCAGCAGCGCGACAUCAAGUGCGGCGAUGUGCCCUGCGACCACGGCGAGCUGCCCGCCCGCGAAAGGCCCCUCAGGGGCGUUCGGGGCAACACGACCGAUGCCUGCGAGCGGAACGACCCGUGCCAGCACGGCGGCAUCUGCAUAUCCACUGAUUCCGGUCCAAUUUGCGAGUGCCGAAACCUCGAGUACGAUGGCCAGUACUGCGAAAAGGAGAAGGCGCCAUCGGAGGCCACGUUCCGCGGUACACAGUUCCUUUCGUACGACUUGGGCCAGACGGGCGCCGAGCCGAUAGUGAGUGCCCAGGAUGCCAUAUCCUUCUACUUCCGCACGCGCCAGCCGAACGGCCUGCUCUUCUACACGGGCCACGGCACCGACUAUCUGAACCUGGCGCUGCGGGACGGAGGCGUCUCCCUGACCAUGGGCCUGGCCAACGGGAAGCAGGAGAUGCAUAUCAAGCCCUCCAAGGUGCGGUUCGACGACCACCAGUGGCACAAGGUCACCGUGCACCGCCGCAUCCAGGAGAUCUCCUCCAUCACCAGUUUCUGUAGGCUGGUCACCGUGGUGGACGAUGUCUACACGGACCACUCGCACAUCGCCGGCAAGUUCACCAUGCUCUCCUCCUCGCGGGUUUACGUGGGCGGAGCUGUGAAUCCGAGGGCUCUCCUGGGAGCCCGUGUCCACACCAACUUCGUGGGUUGCUUGCGCAAGGUGGAGUUCUCGGCGGACACGUUGAAUCUGAACCUCAUCGACCUGGCCAAGAGCGGCUCCAAGCUGAUCCAGGUGGCUGGAAACCUGGAGUACCAGUGCCCCAGUGGCGAUCCACAGGAUCCGGUGACCUUCACCACGAGGGAAUCGCAUUUGGUUUUGCCUCCUUGGGAAACUGGCAAGCAGAGCUCCAUUAGCUUCAAGUUCCGCACCAAGGAGCCCAACGGCAUCAUAGUCCUGGCCACAGGAUCCAAGCAACCAAGAGCGAAGAACCCCGUUUUGAUUGCCAUCGAGCUGCUAAAUGGCCACAUCUACAUCCAUCUAGACCUCGGAUCCGGAGCCUCCAAGGUGCGCGCCUCGCGACGUCGCGUGGACGACGGGGACUGGCAUGACCUGAUUCUCCGGCGGAACGGACGCGACGCCAAGGUGAGCGUGGAUGGGGUGUGGAACGACUUCCGCACGCCGGGCGACGGCACCAUCCUCGAGCUGGACGGGCACAUGUACCUGGGCGGGGUGGGCCCCGCCUACAACAGCGUCGCCUGGCCGGCGGCCAUUUGGACGGCCACCCUGCGCCAGGGAUUCGUGGGCUGUUUGCGUGACCUGGUGCUCAGUGGCAAGGCGAUCGAUAUAGCGGCCUUUGCACGCGUCCAGGAUUCGGCCUCCGUGAAGCCAUCGUGCCACGUGCAGGCCAACGUGUGCAACGGGAAUCCCUGCCUGAACGGCGGCACCUGCAUGGAGGGCUGGAACCGCCCCAUCUGCGACUGCUCGGCCACCCUGUAUGGAGGACCCACCUGCGGCCGGGAGCUGGCCACGCUGGCCUUCAACGGCAGCCAGCACAUGACCAUCUGGCUGGGCAACGGACAGGGCACCAAGACGCAGACCGAGGAGCUGGUCAUCCGGUUCAAGACUUCGCGACCAGCGGGCCUUUUGCUCCUCACCAGCGCCGAGUCCAACUCGCCGGACCGACUGGAGAUCGCUCUCGUGGCGGGAAGGGUGCGGGCCAGUGUGCGGCUGAGCGACCGCGAGAAGAACCUGCUGGCCGGCCAGUCGGUGCUGAACGACAACAACUGGCACACGAUCCGCUUCUCGCGCAGAGCCUCCAAUCUGCGGCUUCAGGUCGACGGGGCUCCCCCCGUCAGGGGUAUGUUAUCCGAAACGAUCCUGGGUCGCCACAGCACCAUGGAGAUCCGCUCGAUCCACCUGGGCGGGCUCUUCCACGCGGAGGAGGAGAUCCAGAUGACCUCCACCAUGCCGAACUUCGUUGGCCAGAUGCAAGGUCUCGUGUUCAACGGGCAGCGCUACUUGGACAUAGUCAAGAGCUUGGGUCCGGAGCUUUCCGCUCUGCCCAGCGCCACCUUCAAGUUGACGGCCCGCUUCGUGAACUCCCCGGCGGGACAACCGUACCAUGCGGCCACCUUCCGCUCGAAGCACUCCUACGUGGGACUCGCCAUGCUGAAGGCCUACAACAGCAUCUCCAUCGACUUCCGCUUCAAGACGGUGGAGCCCAACGGGCUGCUGGUCUUCAACGGAGGACGCCGUAACGACUUCGUGGCCGUGGAGCUGGUGAACGGCCACAUCCACUACACCUUCGACUUGGGCGACGGCCCGGUGACCAUGAGGGACAAGUCGCGCAUCCACAUGAACGACAACCGCUGGCACCAGGUCAGCAUCCGGCGACCCGGACCCAAGACGCACACCCUCACCGUGGACGACUCCUUCGAGAUCAUCAGUCUGACUGGAAACAACAUGCACUUGGAGCUGGCGGGCAUCCUGUACAUCGGAGGCGUCUUCAAGGACAUGUACUCCAAGCUGCCGGCCUCGAUUUCCUCGAGGUCUGGUUUCGAGGGCUGCCUGGCCUCCUUGGACUUGGGAGACGCCUCUCCCUCUUUGACCAGUGAUGCGGUGGUGCCCAGCUCGCUGGUGGUCAGCGGAUGCGAGGGACCCACCAAGUGCAGCCAGAAUGCCUGUGCGAAUCGCGGAAACUGUGUGCAGCAGUGGAACGCGUAUGCCUGCGAGUGCGACAUGACCUCCUACACUGGCCCCACCUGCUAUGAUGAAUCGAUUGCUUAUGAGUUUGGCAACAACAAGGGCAUGGUGCUGUACACCUUCCCCGAGAACGCCCAGGCGGACACCGAGGAGGACAAUAUCGCGCUGGGCUUCAUCACCACCCGGCCGGACGCAGUGCUCCUGCGGGUGGAGAGCGCCACCACGCAGGACUACAUGGAGCUGGAGAUCGUGGAGGGCAAUAUCUUCAUGGUGUACAACAUCGGGAGCGUGGACCUGCCGCUGGGCGAGAUCGGGACGAAGGUGAACGACAACGCGUACCACGUGGUGCGCUUCCAGCGCAAAGGAGGCAACGCCACGCUCCAGCUGGACGACUACAACGUGCAGGCGCUCACGCCGCAGAGCCACCACUCGACCGUGUUCAAUACCAUGUCCAACGUUCAGGUCGGCGGCAAGUUCAGCCGGAACGGUCGCAAUCGAAUCGAGCGGCCGUUCGCCGGCGUGAUCGCCGGGCUCUCGGUGAACAAGUUGCGCAUCCUGGACUUGGCCGUCGAGCGCGACCCCCUUAUCACCAUCCGCGGAGAUGUUCAAUUGGUAACUGGAGUAUUAGAUAGAAAUGAUCUGCAGAGAAUGCAGCAGACUUUGAACUCUACUCGACAGACGCCGGCAAGUGGUUAUCCUGGUGCGCUGGACGACCUGAUCUUCUCGGGAGCCGGAUCCGGAUGCCGCGGCGAUGACGAGGACGAGUGCACGCCGCCGUUCGAAUCGGGAAGCGGGGACGAUCUGAUCACGCCGGUCUACGUGCCGCCCACCAAGCAGACAACCACCUCCCAGCAAGGGAACAGCCUGAGUACCGGCGGGAAUGGCGGAGGCGCAGGCGGAGGCAUCACCAAUGGCACGGAGAGGGCCUGCGACGACGAGGACUGCGUCCACGGGUCCGGCGACUACGGGGAGACCACGGAGCAGUUCACCUCGACGAGCACCGCCAGGGGAUCAGAGUCCAACAACGAGAUGGUCACGAUCACCACCACGGGACGCAGUGACGUGACCACCGAGCAGCAGCAGCACGGCAGCAGCAGCAGCAGCAGCAGCGGCAGCACUCCGUCCUACGCCACCACCCAGUCGAGCAGCAGCAGCAGCGGAGGAUCGGGCAGCAGCAGCACUCCGGGGCAAGUGAGCACCACGAGCAGUGCGGCCACCACGUCCACGCAGCGUGCCACCACCAGCAGCACCAGCACGAGCACGAGCACCACCACCACGACCACGACGACCACCACAACGCAGGCCACUCCGCCGCCGGAGAUCAGGAGCACGGUCACGGAGAGGGACACCACGCCGUACGACAUCUACGUGGCGGGUGGCGGACUGGGCGGAUCCGGCAGGAAGGACCACGACCGCAUGCAGAUGCCCGACGAGCACAUGCCACCGCUUCCGCCGCCCAUCCCGCCGCAGGACCCUCCUCCGUACGGACCCUACGGCGGCAACACCUACAACACCAACAUGAACAACUACCGGCCGAAGGGCAAGGGCGGGCGGAUCAACUCGAUCGAGGAGGAGCGCACCGCCAUGAUCAUCGGCAUCGUGGCGGGCAUACUCAUCGCGGUGGUGCUGGUCAUCCUGCUGGUCCUGUGGCUCAAGUCCAACGGGGACCGCGGCUACAAGACGGAGAGCGAGAAGGCGGCGGCCUACGGGUCGCACAACCCGAACGCGGCCCUGCUGGGCAACACCAGCACCAACGGAUCGUACCACCAGCAGAGGCAGCACCACCUCCAGGGAGGUGGUGGCGGCGGGUCGGGCCAGCAGCAGCACCACCAGCAGCAGAUGCACAACGGCCACAACGGAAACGGAAACGGAGGCGGCGGCGGUGGUGGCGGGGGCAUGAUGUCCAGCGGAAGUGGGUCCCUGGGCUACGGAAGCGAUGGACGACCCCAGAUGGCCGGACUGGUGCAGCCCAAGGCGAAGAAGCGCGACUCCAAGGACGUCAAGGAGUGGUAUGUGUAAGGCGACCUAAUGUGUCAGGUCGCCCGGAGGAGGAAUCGUCAAAUUAGCAAUAAAUGCAAAUAGUGCAAAGCGAGCCGAAAAGUGAAAGUCCCCCUUAAGAUACGGAAUACAGAUACAGAAACACAUAAGCGAAUAUAAAUACGAGUAUAUAUAUUUAUUUAGCAGCCUCAUAACGUUAAUUAGACGCGGACACAGUCGAAAACUGGGUGUACAAACGGACGGACAGAAGGAUAAUAAUAGGAGCAGUAGGAGGCGCCAUGCGCAGCGCGAUUCGAUUAAUACAUACGACGGCUGAUAACGUUAGCAGCAGCAGCAAGUUAGACACGCGAAUACUUUAGACAAGUGCAUCUGGCCAGGAGCAUUGGUUCACCCCGAGAGUAACGAUUAGAUUACGCCUAAGAAAUUAUAGCUUCAACUCAAGACUUGCUAAUAGAGAUACCACUACCAAACGAGAGCAGAGCAGCCACAACAGACAUCAGCGAAUAAGCGUAUUACACUAAACGAAUUAACUAUAUAUAUUAUAUAUAUCACAGCGUUACGAUAAAUUAUGCCACUAGCCAAUCAAGUAAUUGUGUAAAAUAUUUCGCCACAAAGUAUGCUACUGAAAGUUCGAACGAGGAAACCCAAUAAACUGCAGAUCUUCUAGCGACAAAAAAACAACCACUAAACAACUUAGCAGAAAUUCAAUAUAAACCUACUUAAAUAUAUAUUUAUAUGUAAACGUAAAGGAACGCAGAGGGGUUCUGAAUGGGUUUUUUCUUCGCGUGUAAAGUUACAAAAUGUGGUGCUGUAAACGUAGGAGACAAACAUUCGUUGACUACAGUAAUAAUAAUACUAAUAAUAACGAGGAGUGCAAGAAUUUAUGCUGCAGAUUGUUUGUUGAAUUGAAACCGGCUUUAAUUAGUUAAAUGUAAAUGAGAUAAAUCUAAAUGGAUAACUAAACCAAUAUGAUACGGAGGACACAGUAGAGACACCCACGACUUGGUUGACGUAUACGUGAUGCGACUUUUUCGUUUGCGUGCAGCAACUCGAUGCGACUUUGUGUUAGUCCCUUCCACUCCACUAUGUUGAAUUUGACCCGUUUUUGUGGCCAAAAUUAAAAAUUUUGAAAUUAACAAGAUUUUUGAAUGCAGGUUGCUUGUAUAAUGAAUGUUAUUACUAUAGGAACGUAUUUUAGAAAAGUGGGCGUGUCAACGCCCCUUCCUCCGCCCACAGAAAUGGAAAAAAAACGAAUAUCUUAAGCAAUUUUCAAGUUAGAGACCCCAAUUUUGAAACACAUUAUAAAUGUCCUAUUUCAAAUGCGUCCUGCAAAUUUGGUCCAAAUCGGAUAAUAAAUAUGGAAGGUAUUCAAGACAAAAAAAUUUUUUUUUUUUUUUUUUGUAUUAUUCUAUGUAUUCUUCCUAAUAUAUGCUCCCUAAUAAUUCAAAUUACGCAGAAAACCGCAAAAAACGCAUAAUGAGCUUAUAUUUUUUGAAUUCAGAAUUGAAAGAUCUACAACAUGUAUAUGGACACUCACUGAUACAAUUUGAACCUUUUUUUUAAAACCUUUUGGAAAGUUCAACUUUUUUUCCAAAAGUGACAAGGAGACAACACUUGCUAAAUAUACAAAUUGUUAGAAAAAUACGAACAAAACACGCAACAUAUUAGUAUCAACACAUAGUACUAACCUGAAGAAAUAAUAUUCAUUUUGAUUUUUAUUAAUUGAUGACUUUUUGUGAGAGAUAUGCCAAUUUGAAAUUGCACCACAAAUUUAACAUUUAAAAAAGCACGUGGUGAGCGCUUGCAACAGCUGACUUAAACAGCUGUUAUUUUAACACUACACUGUUAAAUUAACAUUUGAGGUAUACAAUAUAGCAAUUUGAUCAUUUCUCAACAUAGUAAAAUUAAAAAAACGGAAAUUUGCAUACUCGCGAAAAAUGAGUUUUGGCCACAAAAACGGGUCAAAUUCAACAUAGUGCACUCCCGAGCCCAACACAUAUACUUUUUAUAUGUAUUUGAGACUAAAUACUGUCACCGACCUGCGUGGCGGUAUGAACUCAGACAUAUCAAGGAAAAGACAAGACACAAUCACACACUGAACACACCACACACUACACACACACACGCACACAUGCCACACUCUAAAACACUCUAAGACACUGAAGCGAACCUACCUAGCUUUUCUACUACAAACUGCUAUUCAAUGUGAGCGAACAUUUACUUUACCGUCGAUAAACGAGGAAAUCAAGCAACAAUUUUACAGUAUUAUAGCAGCUUUAAGCGUAUUUUUCGAAGCCAACGUGACGUAUACACAAUCAGCAGUCACCAGUCACUAGCACAGACACACACACACACGCCUACACCCACACAGAAACACCCGCACACAUACAGAGCAAGAUUCGAUUUUCAGCGAGCCGCCAUUGAAUUAUGUAUACACAUAUAAUCGCAUAUAUCAUUUUAGUGCGCUAUAUUCAAAUUUUGUCUCACUAUCAAUACCAAUUAGUGUAUCAUUUUGAAUUAGAUAUAUACAAAAUACCUAUAUACACUCGAUAUACUUACUAAUACACGCACACUCAGCCUCACGAUCACUCACACACUCACCAACUCACGCAUUCGAACACUAGCGAAAUUAUUGGACAUACUUCUCUCAAAUUCUUAAAGGAAACCAAGGCGAGGUAUGCUGUAUAUACCUAGGAAAGUACUAUAUAUACACGAAUAUAUAUAUUUAACAACUAAAAAAACAUAUAUAUACUGCAUUUCAAGAAACUUUUGAUAUAUUUUCGAGUUUUUUAAACCCUUAACUUGUAUACAAAAGGAUGCGAAAGCGAUAACACGAGACAAACUAGCGAAUCUAGCUGAAAUGAACACCUAGGACAAUUACAAAUACAAGUACAUAGCGAAACACAGUACAUACAGUACAGUACAGUACAGUACAUAGGCAGACAAACACAAUUAUAUUAUACAAGACAUACACGCAUACAUCCAAACUAUACUAUUUAUAAAUGUACAUCUAUACAACAAAUAUAUACGAUUAACAAACAAUGAUUAUUAUGUAUUACGUCCCUUCGAUUUGAUAAUGAAUCCAAACGAGAAACCACAAAUUUUAAACGCUGUUGAUAACCAAAACCAUUCCCACUUAUAUAUGUAACCACUCUCUCCCGACAACUUUCUCUCUAUCUCUUCACAAUGUUAAUGCUGCACAAUGAAAACUCUGCAUUUAAUGUAAACCACUAACGUUUAUUCAUUUCGAUUCAAGAGAAAACCAAAACCGAAUUAAAUAUAACUAAUUAUACAAAUUUGCCUUGCGAUUUAUCAGCGAGCACACGAUAUUGAAACCGAAACGGAACGGGAAUUAAAUAUAUCCGCGAUCGAGAUAUCAAAUCGACCCGCCCCAAAAUGCAAAAUCUUCUUCGUUGUUUUCAAAUGAAUUACAUUUUAUUAGAGAUCAAAAGCAAAUCAAGAUAAAUGUUAUGUAUGUAUGAUAUAGUGACAGGACCGUGAAGGACGAGUACAGUUAGUUGUAUGGGUAUCAGUAAAAUAGUUAAAGCAUGUAACGUAAUAGAGCAAGGAUGGGCGGAGCAGUGGGUGCAAGUGGGAGCGAAAGUAGCGAGGAGCGAGGAACGAUCGCGAGUAUCGGUACUAAAACUUACUUCUACUUAGGCUUAAUAUCAUUGUUAUCUAAUCUAUACAUAUAUAUAAACCGACACACACACACCCCCAUAUAACAGAGAAUAUGUAUAUGAACAUGUAUUGGACGCACGGCGCUUGAGCUGUGCCUACUUAUAUAUAUAUUUAACAAAUUGUAACGUGUAUGUAUAUGUAGCGGCAGUGAUUGUUAAAGAAAUUGCUUUGUUUUGUGUUAGAUUUUAUAAUUUACGAGGAAACCAAAAACAAAAUUGUAAAACGCAUACAAAUACAGAAUGACUGACAAAAAACACAAAAUUAUAACAUUGCAUAUAAUAAAUACAAUAAAAAUAUAAUUGAAAAA